GUAGUCCAGCUAGAAGGAACAUUUCUUGCUACUUCCUUUUUUCAUUUCGAAUACUAAAGAUCUUUUUUUUCUGAGAGAGAGAGAGAGGUUUCACUUUCAAGCAGGCCAAGGAGGGCAUUGGAUCAUGGGGCUGCCCACAUAUUGGGGAAAUAACCGCAACGUAAAUUGAAAUUCUUACACUGCAGCAAAAGAGAGAAGAUGCAUUUGAGGAGCGGUUUUAAUGGAUAAAGAAAAGACCGUUCAAAGAUCAGAGGCAGAAGGAGCAUAUGAAUCUGCUGCAUGAUAUUUGUAAGAUGUUGCAAGAUGGAGAAUGGCUCAUGCAGGAUAAAAGGCAGAGUAUGUGAAAUACAGAGAAUAGACCCACAGUGCUUCUGUCUCAUUAUGCCCCAUUUCAGCCCAGUCCUUUUGAUGUUCUGGCUGCUGCCAGUCCUCUUCUCAUGGCCGCACUGGGGCACUGAUUCUUUUCAGCUCAGUCACUGUAUCCUUUCUCCUACAACACCAGGUCUUGCGCUCUGUACUGGCCAUCCCAUCUCCAACCUGAGUUCUGUCACCUCCCAUCUGCCCAAUUCCACACGUUGGCUCAAUGCCUCUCACAAUAAUGUAGAGGAGCUGACCUCUAUGGACUUUCUCCAACUUCCUCAUUUAUUGGAACUUUAUCUGGACCACAACCAAAUAUCAAGCAUCAAGUCAAAUGCCUUUCAAAGCUUGAGGGAUCUUAAGGUACUUGAUCUGAGCUGGAAUUAUCUGACCUUUCUGGGGCCCUACAUGUUGACCAGCCUGACAAAUCUACAUGAGCUGCAUUUGGGACACAACAAAAUUGCUGCCUUGCACCCCAGCUCCCUCAUAUUCCAAGGGUCUCUUCAGAAACUUCAUCUUCCCUCCAACCAUCUCUCCAGUCUCCAGGAAGUGUCAACAGCGGUGAAAGACUUGCUCAAUCUUACCUACAUGGAUUUAAGUUUCAAUCAGAUCUCGACUCCAUGUAUGGGUCCCAGUUGGGUCACUUUCCCUGUCCUGAGAAACCUCAGUUUAAACAGCAACAACAUUUUCACCCUGGAUUUGUCCAACUGUUCCUUUCCGAACCUGCAACAACUGAACCUAACCAACAACAACAUGUUCUAUGUGAUGGCUGACUCAUUUCAAGCCACUCCUGCUUUGGUGGAGUUGUCCUUGGAUAUGAACCCCCUAAACAUCUCCCAGCUUAUCAACGUAUCUCUCCCCAACCUGACCAUGCUGCACUUCAGUAGUAUGAAACCAUCAAUGAACUGGACUAUGUCAGCAGCGUGCUCUGUUUUUCAAAACCUGCCAUCUUUGACCUCUUUGGACAUCAAGCAUUCCCAGCUGGAUGACACUCAACUGAGGCAGUUGGCUUCCUGCACUAACCUCACGUGGCUGGAUCUUUCUACCACAGGGAAUAAGAACCUGAAAAAUGGAGUCUUUGACAGGUUCCAGAACUUGGAGUUCCUCUCCCUGGACAAGUGCAAAAUAAUGCACCUUAGUUCUAGCGCCUGGGGGAAGAAUAUGCAGAUACGUAAACUGAUCCUGAAGAGAAAUGCAAUUACCCAGUUGCAGGAUUAUGUCUUCCAAGCUUUGACACAUUUGAGCUAUCUUGAUCUCUCAAAAAACCGCCUGACGAAUCUCCAAACGCGAUCCUUUUUUGGCAUGGCAGCUUUGAGGACACUUAUCCUACAGGGCUGUCAGAUCACGGCUGUCACCCGUGCCACUUUCCAUUAUGCUCGUAAAAUGGAGUUCUUGGACUUGAGGGAGAACAGCAUCAAACUACUCAAGGAUCAUGCUUUUAUGCUCAAGCAUGUGAACACUCUCUUGCUUUCAAAAAACAGAAUACUCACCAUUAAGAGACGUGCCUUUGAUAGUCUCAGCUCUCUGACCUACCUUGCCCUAGAUCAAAAUCUCCUGUACAAGUUGUCCCUGAGAAUCUUUUCAAGACUCAAAAAACUGGAAACCUUGGAUCUCAGUCACAACCAUCUAUUUACCUACAACAAAUAUGAUUAUCCAAGCCCCUUCUCUGGUCUCCACUUCCUUCGUAAGCUGGACCUUGGCUCUCAGGCUCCUCGUAUGCCCAUCUGUCCCCCUGACAACCUGUUUCAAGGCCUGAGUAAUCUACAGUACCUCUCCUUGAAGGGUAAUCCCAGUACCUUGUUCCUAAACCUUUCCUUUAUUAACCUGACCAGCCUAGAGUCCCUAGACCUCUCUGACAUUGUCCCAGAUAAGACUAACUCUUGGAAAAUUCGUCUAGAUUUCUUCCAAGGGCUACAUAACCUAAGUCAACUCUGGAUAGAAAACAGUGCCAUCUGGGACCUGCCUGAAAAAGUCUUCUCUGAUCUGUCAGCUCUGGAGCAGCUCUUCCUGAGUAAGAAUAAGCUGAGGAACAUUACCAAAUUACUGCUUAAUCAACUCUCCUCUCUAAAAUAUUUGGAUGUCUCUGACAACCGCCUGACAUGCUCUUGUGAGAAUGCUUGGUUCCAAAACUGGUCUCUGUCUGAACCAAAUAUCCAAGUGGCCAAGCUGGACACCUAUAAAUGUUUUGGCCCUGGGGUCAUUAAUCAUUUCUUUACUGAUGAAGACCUGUCCUUCUGUUUUAAUGACUUGGCGCUGUACUUCUUUUCUGUUACCACACUGUUCACGGUCUUGUUCCUGAUUACAACUCUGGUUUAUGCCAAGUUUGGUUGGACCCUUAGGCAUGCUUGGUUCUUGCUGAGAGGUUGGGGCCAUAGGCAAUGGCACCAUCAGAAUGGGCAGGACUACCAAUAUGAUGCCUACAUUUCUUGUUCUCGUCAGGACUAUGAAUGGGUAGUGAGAAAUCUACUGGAAAAGCUGGAAAAGGAAGGAGAACCCGGCUUCCGGUUCUGUUUUGGGCCUAGAGAUUUUGCCCCAGGACAAUAUUACAUAGACAAUGUCCAGAAUGGGAUAAGCCAAAGCCGCAAGACUUUAUGCCUGGUGAACAACAAUUACUUAGAGAGUGAGUGGUGUUCACUGGAAAUCCAGCUUGCUUGCUCCAAGCUCUAUUACCAUGGACAAGAUCCUCUGGUUGUGGUGUUUCUGGAGGAAAUUCCCAACUACAGGUUGUCUCCCUAUCAUCGACUGAGGAAACUAAUUAAGCAAGACUGCUACCUCACUUGGCCUGAGAACCCCGAGGCUGAGGAUGUAUUCUGGACCAGACUGCAUGAGGUCUUGAACUGUGGAGAACAAGAACAAAAGCACUUGCAAUUCAAUGUAAUUGAGUAGCUGAUGGUGGGGAGGAGACUGCCAUGGAAUGGACCAAAUGGGAUUGCAGAUGCUGCUCUUGCUAUUGCCAGUUCUGGAUGCCUUGAUUCAAGGUGAUUUCGGUAGGCUGGAGCAUUGGGCUGAAAGCAACAAAAUGGAUUUCCAUAGGGACAAAUGCCAAGUUCUGCACCCAGGAAAAAGAAACCAAAUGCAUCAUUCCAAUACUGCAAGUGAGAAGAAUUUUGGAAUUGUUGUAGAUCAUAAGUGAAAUAUGAAUCAACAGUGUGAUGUGGCUGCAAAAGGGCCAUGUGAUAUUUAGGCAACAUUAAUCGAAGUAUCCCUUCUAAAGCAUGUGAAGUACUAGUUCCCCCUUACUCAGCCGUGGUUAGGCCUCAUCUGGAGUGCUGUGUCCAGUUCUGGGCACCACAGCUUAAGAAAGUUGCAGACAAGCUGGAAAGGUUUAGAGGAGGGCAACCAGUGGAAACAAAGUAUUGUGAGGGGAUAAUGAAAGAACUGGGCAUGUUCAGCCUUGAGAAGAGGACUGGGGGCAGGUGAUAGCAAUGUACAAGUGCUUGAAAGGCUGCCACAGAAAGAAAGGACAGAAUCUCUUCUUGAUCAUCCCAGAGUACAGGACAUGGAAUAACAGGCUGAAGUUACAGGAAGCCAGAUUCUGGCUAAAUAUCAGGAAAAACUACUUGAAUGGAACCAAUAACAUAGGGAGGUUGUGGGCUCUCCCACACUAGAGGCAUUCAAGAUGCAGCUGGACAGGGAAUGGUUUAACUUGGUGUCCUGCACUGAGCAGGGGGUUGGCCCUAAGGCCUUCUGGCCCCUUCCAACUCUACUGUUCUAUGAUAUUUUGCAACACUGGAAGCUUCAGUAUUUUUAGAAUGAUGCUGCAUGAACAUGCCUAAGGAACACUGACUUGUAGGACAUGCAUGAAUUGUCUCAAGUGAAAGUAAAACAUCUAGAGGAGAAGAAAUAUAAAAAUAUUGAAUCUAGUGAACAGAUGCUUAAUAGUUUUGCUUUGAGAUUCACUGAAAAAGAAUUAGGAUUUGACUUUGUUAAAAUCCUUUAGAAAGGAAUCAAGAAGAUUUUGAAGGCUGAUUAUAAGCCUAUGUACAAUUUUUAUAAUGUUUAAUAUAUGUACUGAACAGUGCUUAACUGCUGAAGCAACUUAGACAUAAUAAUAAUGAUAACAGUGAUAGCAAUAACAUGAAUGGAAAAGGCUCAAUUUUUAGAAUUUUAUCAGAUUUGUAUGCAAAAUUUCUAUUCUAAAAGAUACACUUCUGUGACGUUUUAUAGAAGAAACACCUCUGCAUUUCAUGACGCUUGUUUCUUGUCUAUAUGCAUAAUAUAUUUGAACCUGGAAAAAUAACUUUAUAACUCUGGAUUGCAGGCUGAAUCCAAAUUAUAUUUAUUGAUCUUAAAUUCCAUUGAAAUCAGUGGGAAAAGCUAGCAAUGAUUGGUGUGUGUCUCAUUUAGGUACAUGGAACCAAGUGCAAUAAACUGUGGGAGAAAUAUUACGCAUGUUAAGACACAACACAUCUUAGGGUAUGCUGGGUGUUGUAGAACUUUUUUCACAUUGAACAUAUAUAGGAUUGCUUCCUUAGUCUGGAUGCAAUUCAGUAGACUAGUAAUCCCAUUCAGGUAAUGCUAAUAUCUCCAAGCUGUGCAAAGGCUAACAGAUUUAGAGACUGUAAGUGGGGCAAAUGGCAAUAUACAAAUGUAGUGGUACUGAUAAAUUGGGUGGAUCAGAUUAUAGGAAACAAAGCUUGGCAAAGGCAACCUAUUGUAUUCAGACUACCUCUGCUGCAGGGGCUAGCCCUGGUUGUGUCUGCUGCUGAUUAUUACUAGUUCUCAAGAGGUUAAAUAAGUUUAUAAGAAAAUGAAGGUGUUAACAGUGCCUGUGUCACCAAGGGGAGGACACCUAUUGAGGGUCUACUGGACUUUCUUACUCUCUCAGCAAAUUGGCAUGUCAUGCUAAGCCACUCUGAAGAUAAGCCACAAUGAGCUGGUUGUACACUUGAUAACCCACAUUCCUUCUGACUGUUAGAAGCACUGCAGCUUGUUAUGCAUUGUUUUCUCCCUAACUCCUCCUGGCACAUUGCAGGCACCUUCGUAGAAGAAACCAUCGUUUCCUCAUUCUCUGUGCCAGCCCUCUUUCUGCAAUUGGUCCAGUGAAGUGGCUGAUUUACUAAGAAAACUCCUACCCUGCAUGAGAUUGCCAAACACAUUAUAACUUUCAAAGCCCUUGUGAGCAUGUUUGCAAACUUAAAAAGAUACUGAGGGUCUUGUGCAAACUGGCAAGAGUGCAAAACCACCUUGUCUGCUAGCCACUCCAGCCUGCCUUUUGUCAAUAUCCUUGUUAAUUUCAUCAUUUACUUCUGGGAUUAGUUUGCUUUACAUGGGGCAGCCUUUGAAAACAGUCUGGAAACUUCAACUGAUUCAGAGAUCAUAUCACAGCAGUCCUCUGUUGGCUGCAUUGGACACCAGUUGAAGGCCCAUUUCGAAGUGUUUUAACAUUUAAAGCUCCAAACAGCUUGGGGCCAGGAUAUCUGAAGGAUUACAUGCUCCCAUAUGUUCCUACCUGGCCUUUAAGAUCAGCUACAGAGUUCCUUCUCAGGGAACAGCCCCCCACAAAAAAGUAAGGGAUUGGUAAAGAG